AUGAAGAAAGCUGUCUUUUCCACUCUUCUCGCGUUUCUUCUGCAAUCUGCCAGCGCGCAGGUUGUGGGCACGCCCUCUGGCUUCGGUGCUGGAACCACCGGAGGCGGCGAUGCGGAGCCUCAAACCCCCUCCAGUCUAGACGAGUUGGUCGAGUGGAUAACUGACGAUACCGCGCGCACAAUCCUCAUCGACCGCGAAUGGAACUUCAUCGGCACUGAGGGGGAAACAACAGGGCAGUGUUGUAGCACAGCAACAACCACAUGCGAGGGGGGGACAAGUGCCGGCCAGGCUUCCAUCCAGGACACUUGCGAUGGCACCUGGAUUGAAUGCACCUAUGACAAUGCAGGCCCGUCGCCGCUCGACGUCGGUAGCAACAAGAGUAUUGUCGGUGUCGGUGACGCCGGAGUUAUCCGCGGCAAAGGAUUACGCAUUCGCGGCGGCGCAAGUAAUGUGAUCAUUCAGAAUAUCCACAUUACGGAGCUAAAUCCAGAGUAUGUUUGGGGCGGUGAUGCUAUUACCCUCGACGAUUGCGACCAAGUCUGGAUCGAUCAUAACAAGUUCUCUCUUGCCGGGAGGCAGUUUAUCGUUUCCGGCUGGGGAGCUGCCGGGCAUGUCACUAUCUCGAACAAUGAGUUUGAUGGUGUGACGGACUGGUCCUCGGGAUGUAACGGCAAGCACUAUUGGACGUUGUUGCUUAUCGGUGAAGAAGACUGGUAUACUUUCCAGGGCAACUGGCUACACGAUGUAUCCGGCCGUGCACCACACUUGGGGACCUCGAACACGGACAGCCGCAUUUUCUUCCACGGAGUUAAUAAUUAUUUCCAAAAUGUUGGUGGACAUGCCUUUGACAUCGACACAAACACUUGGGUGCUGCUGGAGGGAAAUUAUUUUGAUACUGUGACAACUCCAAUUACAGAAACCACACUGACCAGCGGCGCGUUGGUAUAUGAUGUUCCUUCCGUGGACUCGGCAAGUGCUUGCUCUGCCUCUUUGGGGUAUAUCUGCGAGUGGAACAGGUUGACUGGGUCUGGUGAUUGGCCGGAAUUGACAGAUCAAGAGGUCUUGGAUGAGAUUGCGCAGUAUUCGGAUAGUCUGGUGGACGCUUAUGGUGUUGCAGAUGUGCCUUCAACUGUUGUUGCAAACGCUGGUGUUGGUAAGAUUUGA